UGCUGGGGAAGGAUCAUGGAGGAGGUGGCGAAACGCGGCAGUUCCCUGGCAGAAUGUAAUCAGGGCGAUCGGGCGCUAACAUCCCCUACACCCUUGCUGUGUUCUAAGGCACCGCAGAGCACAUACUCCAUACACCAUGGAGUGGAGGAUGAGGAUGAGGCAGAGCUUCAUGUAGAAGAUCCUCCUGAUGUGGAAAAGAGGUCGAAUACAAUGGUAUCUAAACAGUGGAUUUCACCCCAGUGGCAAAAAGUCAUCAUUGGCGUCACUGUUGCGGCAUUUGUCGCAUUCAUCCUCGGGUACGUGACCACUCGCAGAACCUGCUCCUCGUGUGACACCAACGGCGCCAGCCCAUCCUCAGGGGACGCUUCUGAUCUAGAAAUAUUUGAGCCAAUGAGUAUGGACUGGUCGGAGCUGAAGGAAAUAUUCACCAAAUAUCUGAAGGACGGAGAAAGGAUGGACAGCACAAUCAGGAAAGUAGCACGCGGUCCUCACCCCUCAGGCUCCCGGGAGAACAAUGACUUAGCGGACAUGAUCCUCCAGGCCUUCAGGAGCUACAAUAUGGAUAACACCUGGGUGGAGAGUCACUACGCCGAGCUGCAGUUUCCUCUCAGUACUCGCCCCAAUACCCUGAAGAUCAUUAAUGCUGACAAUGAGACUGUAGAAGACAUCGCUAUGGAUGACCGGGACGUAUACUGUCCAUACAGCGCUGUGGGGAGAGUGCAGGCAGGGCUGGUAUAUGUGAAUUAUGGCCGGAAGGAAGACUUCCAGAUGCUGACAAGUUGGAAUGUAAAUGCCUCCGGAUCUCUGGUCAUCGUGCGGACAGGCCAUAUUACCUUUGCAGAGAAGGUGUACAAUGCCGAGGCGGCCGGAGCUCUGGGGGUUCUAAUAUUUCCAGACACAUUCGACACUGCUGUAUAUGGACACGUUCAUCUCGGCACUGGAGAUCCGAACACUCCAGCCUUCCCAUCAUUCAAUCACACCCAAUUUCCCCCCUUCAAGUCAUCCGGCCUUCCAAAAAUCCCAGCCCAGCCAAUCACAAGAAGUGCAGCACAGACAUUACUCAGUAAACUCUCGGGACCCGACUGCUCCUCAGAAUGGAGGGGCCCCUCCUUCCCUUCGUAUGGCUUGGGCCCCAACCUGAAGACCCCAGAUAUGAAGGUUCAGCUGGAGGUGACCAACGUGCCGCGCAGUGUGGACCUGCACAACGUGUUUGGCAGUAUAACAGGGCGCUUCGAACCUGAGCACUAUAUUAUUGUGGGAGCUCAACGAGAUUCCUGGGGUCCUGGAGCUGCAAAGUCUGGGGUCGGAACUGCAAUACUACUAGAGCUGGCACGUACAAUGUCCAUGAUGGUCUACAAUGGUUUCCAGCCGCGGCGCAGCAUUCUGUUUGUGAGCUGGGACGGGGGAGAUUUCGGAAGUAUUGGCGCUACGGAAUGGCUGGAGGGGUAUCUCAGCAUGCUACACCUCAAAGCCGCUGCCUAUAUGAGCCUGGACACCCCAGUUCUCGGUGAUGAAAAGUUUGCAGCAAAAUCCAGCCCACUGUUCAAGAACCUAAUUGAGAAUAUAAUAAAGCAGGUAGACAAUCCUCGUCGCAGUCAGGAGACCAUCUAUGCGUAUAUGAAAUCUAAAUUUCAAACGGAAAUAACGGCUCCGCUCGCCGCAGACAGCGACGCUUUCGCUUUCAAUGCAUUUGCGGGAGUUCCUGCGCUGGAGUUCUCAUUUGUUGGGGACUCCAGGACAUACCAAUACUUGGACACUAAGCUGGAUACAUAUGAUAAUCUGAAUAGCCUAGUAAAUGGACGUCUACCCGCAGUGGCUCUCAGCCUGGCAGAAGUAGCUGGGUUUUCUUUGACCAGACUUUCUCAUGAUCAUAUUCUACCCUUGGACUUGUCGGCAUACAGUUCUGUCUUACUGAAUCAUCUGGUGCAACUGAAAGCUUACCAGAACAAGCUGAAGUCCCGAGGACUCACAUUGCAAUGGCUGAACUCCGCCCGGGGCGACUAUGUGAGAGCGACGGAGAGACUGAAGAAGGCCAUCUCGCAGUCAGACCUCCACAGCGAGAAGCUGAUCCAGUUUUUCAACGUGCGCAUUAUGAGGGUGGAGUUCUACUUUCUAUCCCAGUACGUCUCUGCUAUCAGUUACCCCUACCGUCACAUCCUCAUAGGCAGAGGUCCGCAUACUCUACAGGCCCUGAUCGACCAUCUUAAUCAAGCCAAAAUAGACGACAACGAACUACGCAAGCAAAUUGCCCUCUUCACGUGGACGCUGGUCGGGGCUGCGAAUGCCUUGAGUGGGGAGGUGUGGGACGUUCACAGAGGUUUCUAAGCUGCCAUAAUGAGAUAUAGUGAGCAUCCGUCUAAUGACUGGUCCUUCGAAGGCUUCCAAUGUCCCUUUCAUGAGCCAGAUGACUUUUGUGUCUCCAUGUUAAUUCGCCCCGGACCGUGCUAACUAUAAAUGCUGUUUUAUUAACGCUUAGCUUGAAAUGCACCUUGUUUCUGCUGCCCCACUGUAUCACAACGGCCAGGAUAUGAUGAAGUAAUUCCUAUCAGCGACAGUGCUCGCUAUAAAUUACUGUUAGAACUUCACCAGCUGGCGUCGCUUGGGGCUUAUUCGCUGCUUCUACUAACUCCAGUGGCCGCUUGUUAUAAAAGAUGCGCACACACUGCUCUUCCUAAAUAUAGACCUAAGAUCUAUAUCACGGUUUAUCACUGACAGUGCUCAGUAGAACUGUACGUUGUUGUAUAACCACUGUAGCCCAGAUAUGCAGCACAAAUGGCUACACAGAGACUGAAUGUUUCCAUCACAUGUUUUUGUACCCGAAAACUAAGUUUUGAAUUAAAAGAUGACAAUCUGACUACUGA